GUUCACAUCGGUUAUUAUUUUUAUGGGUAACAAGUUACAUUUUACGAAUUUCGCGAAAGGUGAUUGCUAAUUUCAAUUAAAAUUAUUAAAAACCAGUGCUUAAUUGAUGUAAAUUGGAAAUUCGGGUACAUAUAUAUAUAUCAUUUAUAGAGAUAUUGCCGAUUUAUUAAUUCAGUGUCGUUAACAACAUUGGGGAAAUCAGUGUGUUGCGAUAGCGGGUUAUGUGAUAUGAAUGUGAAUGGUGUUUUCAUCAGGAUUUUAAAGUUUUAAAUAAUUAAAGUGAGGUAUCAUUCAGUACAGAAUGGAUAUGCGCAAAGUUUUCAAGUCCAGUUUGGGUAUUAAGUACCCUACUUUGAGAGACCAUCCAUUACAUUCUGGUCCAAUAUGGUUGGAAGGGAGAAGAUUAGAUGAUGGCGCAGAAGGCUUGUGGAGAAUACAUGACAAUUUAUAUGACUUAGAUGAUUUUAUUAUAAACCACCCUGGUGGAGAAGAUUGGAUUAAGCUCACGAAGGGUACUGACAUAACCGAAGCAUUUGAGUCUCACCAUCUUUCAGACAGAGCGGAAAACAUGUUGUCUAGUUUUUUCGUUAAAAAAGCCAGUACUCCUAGAAUUUUCCCAUUUACAUUUCACGAGAAAGGCUUCUAUAAAACCUUAAAGGGGAGGAUCAUAGAAACUUUAGAUACUGUACCUAAGAGACCAAUAGAAAGAACAAAAAACCUGACUGAUCUAUUAUUUGUGGCUUAUGUUACUACAUUUUUAUUGGCUGUAUAUUAUAGAAGUUUCAUCAUAGGAUUGAUUGCGGGGAUUACAUUGGCAUUGCUCGCCGUAGCCGCACACAAUUUUUUUCAUCAAAGGGAUAAUUUUAGACGUUUUUAUUUUGAUUUGUGUAUGAUGAGUUCAAAGGAGUGGAGAAUAAGCCAUGUCCUAAGCCACCACAUGUACACAAAUACCAUAAGUGAUAUGGAAAUUUCUUCGCUGGAGCCUUUUUUGCAAUACCUCCCAGGAAAUAAAUCCACUUUAAUAAAAUAUACAUCGGGGAUCUACUCUCCGAUCAUAUUUGCUUUUGUUUUUAUAUCACAUUUUUUAAAAACCUUAAUCACGACAGUCCUAUUAAAAAAAAAUUUAGAAAUCCCAUGGGCCGCACUUAUACCUUUUACUGUACCAGUAUUUUCAUGGUAUGUAACGGGACAACCGUUAUGGAUCUGUGCUGUAAUGUUUUUAUGGGUAAUUUCCAUAAGUAGUCUUCAUUUUGGAAUUGUUGGGGUAAGUGCAGCUCAUCAUCACCCUGACAUAUUUCACGAUGGAGAUAAACCUCGUCCUAAAACAGAAAUGGACUGGGGCCUUCACCAAGUGGAUGCAGUGAUGGACCGCAAAGACAUAACUGGUUCUCACUUUCUCGUACUUACCAAUUUUGGCGACCAUGCUCUUCAUCACUUGUUUCCCACCAUUGAUCAUGGAGUUCUGGAGUACCUUUAUCCGGUAUUCUUAAAGACCUGCGAAGAAUUUGGAAUUAACUGGAGGUUGGUGACCCAGCUCGAUCUAGUUAAGGGACAGUAUCGACAACUAGCUAAAGAGUUGCCGAACUAAAGAGUCUUACCACAAAUAAUGGUUUAGGAUAAUGAUUUAUUGAAAACUAGUCUUUUUAGUCUUUUUUUAAACAACACUUUUUUAUUUAUAUUAGAUCGACUAUUACAAAGCUAUUGAAGUGUUAGAUAAAGGUGGUUGCUAUAUUCCAUUAAGUUACCCAAUAGUCCAAGCAUCUAUAGAAGCAUUUUGUCUUAUGUAUAUUUUUAAAAGCCUUAAUUGCGAUGUGUCGAAAAAAUAAAAAUUAAAAUUAAAUAA